UUUUUAUGCCCUUUUCCGUCCUUAACGCCGAAGCCAAAAGAUAAUUUCUAAUUUUGAUCCAAUUCCUCGUCCGCCGCCGCUCGCCUCAUCGACGGCAGCUUCCGUUCUAGUUAUCCGUUGGUGCAGACCUUUUACCCUUUAAUUAGAACGAAGAGGUCAUGUCGGACGAGGAGCAGCACUUCGAAUCGAAGGCCGAUGCCGGCGCUUCGAAGACUUAUCCACAGCAGGCUGGAACGAUCCGUAAGAAUGGAUACAUCGUUAUCAAGGGCAGACCCUGCAAGGUUGUUGAAGUUUCAACCUCCAAGACCGGAAAGCAUGGUCAUGCAAAAUGCCACUUUGUUGCGAUUGAUAUCUUCAACCAGAAAAAGCUCGAGGAUAUUGUGCCCUCUUCUCACAACUGUGAUGUGCCCCAUGUUAACCGCACUGAUUAUCAGCUUAUUGAUAUAUCUGAGGAUGGAUUUUUGAGCCUUCUUACUGAGAAUGGAAGCACUAAGGAUGACCUUAGGCUCCCAACUGAUGAUAAUCUGCUUGCUCAGAUCAAAGACGGUUUUGCGGAGGGUAAAGAUCUUGUGGUGACUGUGAUGUCUGCUAUGGGGGAAGAACAGAUCUGUGCGCUCAAGGACAUUGGCCCCAAAUAAUUGCACUUUCUUCUGCGUAUUUUGGUUGCAAACAAAUUUAUGAUGAGUUAUAAUGGGAUGGUAGAAUCCUUCGAUCUAUUAUUCCUGGUUAUCUAAACUUCCCCAUCUGCUUGGCCUACUUGAAUUGUGCCUCUAAUUCCUUUUUUUUUUCUUUUGUUAUGUUUUAUUGUGUGAUGCAUGAGAGUUUUCAUGUUGCAUGCAAUGGUUAUUUUAUACAAAAAGAGCUGAUUGCUAUAAGAUGAAAUUUACAUACUUUUUUUUUAUAACUAGUCCUCUAAAUGCAAUUUGUCACUUGUUAUAUA